AAAAACAGAUCAGAAAAUAUUAGGUUUGGAUUUAUAAUUGCCUAAAAGGCAUUCAAAAAUAACUUAACCAAAUAACAGGGUUGUUUGACACUCGCAACGCCCCUCAUUCCGUGUACGCCAGCCCUGGUCUGAUAACGCCAACGAAGAAGCGGCACAAAAGAGAAAACAAUAAUGCAGCUAGCGUCGCUUUUCUUUGAUUGGAAAAUCUGAAACCCGUAGAAAGCGUGCAACGUGUAAAAUUGGAGCACAUGCACGCAUCUGGCCUCGAGGCUUAUCAACUGGAAAUAAAUCUGGGAGUAUGGCCACAUUACUUGCGGGUACAAAGUACUUGAAAGAUUCGGAGGAGGAGUCUGAAGAGGAGGAGGAUGAAGAAGAGGGCUCGGCGAAGUCCGGUUCUACGAGUUCUUUCAGCCUGCAAGAGUGCAUCGAUGAGUUCCGAGCCCGUCGAGUUCGUCGGGGGUCCGUACAGAGUCGCGACUGCGAGAAUAAUAACAACAUGGACAGAGCCAGUGAGGAGCAGCAGCCCCGAAGUCGUAGGGCAAUGGAUGCGGAUCUAAUCAACCAGAAUCGCUGCAACAAGGAGCAGGAACGCAAGGGUAAACCCUGCAAGGAUGGGUUCUGCUACUGUUUCACCAGCGACAGCGGGGACUGCGCCUCGAUAGCUCCGCCACGUGACCAGCACGUGCGCCUACCCCGGCGCAGCAGGCGUUCCGAGAGUAGUAAGACCACCAAGCAGAACAAUUUGGGCAGCCAGGCAAAGCAGACGGAGAAACGUCGCCAGAGCGAACCACCCAAUAUUAGGUCCUGUUCCAGAUCCAAAAGUCCUUUGACGGCUGUAAGUCGCCUGAGUGCCGUGGACGGCGAUGAUGCGCCGCUUAUCCACAUCAUCCAGGAGCUGCGCGACAAUUGUGUGGUGUCUGAGGUGCGAGUGAAUCGCCAAAGGUUGCCGCAAACAGCAUCCUGCUGCCAGCAAAGGAACUCUCGAAUAAAAGCCUGCAAAUUGGAGGCCUAUGAAGCUAUUGCCUACAAGCCCUCGGCUCCAGUUCUAUCCAACAUCAGCGAGCAGGAUUCGGCUGUGGAGGAGGAGCUAGCAAAGGAUUUUCAGCAAGUAAAGGAAAUGCCAACUACAGAGGCCAGUAGUCGUAAGAGCUCCCGUUCCCGUCGCAGUUCCGGUGGCGGUGGACGUCUCCUUCAAAAGCGACUCUCCCUGACUCAAGUAAACUUCAAGGCACGCGAUGUUCAUCAACCACCGAAGAAGCCUCCGCGUCGCAGUUCCCAGAGUCUGGAUGGGAAGUGUUCGCAAUCAUCGCUGGCCUCCACAAAUCCUUCCGUACGGGAGGCGGAGCGGGUCCUUGACGAAUUUCUUCGCAAACACGGCAUCCAGGUGCCUGUAAGUAACCCAGAAGCGAAAUCCUCUCGGAAGAAGGAAAGCCAACGCAGAUCCUAUCCCAUGGCUGAAGUGGAGAAGCCCAAAAGCCGCAGCAGCAAGCAGCUACCCACAUGCCCUUCACUCAGCGACAUAGAGCGCGUUGUGGAGUCCAAGAAAGGCUCCAAUUACUCUCGAAAUAUUCGCCAGGAAAGUAUCCGGAAGAGCGGGCCUUCCAAGCAGAUCAUUCUGGGCUGGACGGAGCCCAAAAUCAGUGAAAUGCUCAACUACGAGGGAAAGUCUGCCAGCGAUUUUAAAUCUCUUGCUCCGUCAGCGGAGCCACAAGUGUCGAUUGGAUGGCAAAUGCCAAAGCCCCAACCUCAGCCAGUGGUCCCAAAGGUCUCCCUGGACACGGUCGAUGGCAUCAUGAGCGACAAUUUCGCAUCCAACAUGGAGCACAAGGAGACGCCCAUCAAAUAUCCGAAAAUUAUCAAAACAGCAGGCGGGCAGGCCAGCCAGAAAUUCAUCUGGGGGGAGCAGUGGCGGAACCUUUCCCCCUGGAAAGGCAACAACAAGUCCAAAAAGCUGACCUCCAAGUCCAAGAACUUUCUCAACAACUCCAAGAAGAAGAUCCUGCGAUUUGUUUCGCCAAAGAAAUCAAACCAGCAGGAGCAUCCGCGCGAGGAACAAAUCCGAAACACUCCCAAGUUGUGCACUGUUGGCGUUCAAACCUCCACCUCGCAGCUGGACCUACAGUCCCAGUCUCCGCCAGGCAGCUAUCACUCACCCAUUCAGACCACUCCCUCCGGCACGACCACCUCAACGCGCCAACACCUGGACAGGGAGCAGCCCUACUUCGACUUCGAUCGUAAAGUGGAGGCCCCGACGCCUCCAAAGAAGAUUCCUCGUGCGAACCGCGCUCGUAAAUUGGACUUCCAAACGCAGGCAGCCCCUACUACGUAUCGCUCGUAUCAGAAAGAUCUCGACCAGGACGUUACUCUAACCAAAAUGGGCUACCUUCUCAGCAGCAUUCGGUCCAAGCUGGAGGCCAGCGAUGAACGGGCCAUGCAAACGUUUCGGGAUUGUUCCCGAUUUGAGUCCCGUCACUCGUCUCUGGAGCAGUUCCCACGGCAAACUGAAAGCUACGACUGCACCGAUGGACCUAGCUCUCAGACUACCGCCUCUGUGGCCACCACUCGUCCUGUACUACACAGGGAACUGGAUAGUGAACCCAUUUAUUCUGAGAUCGAGGAGGAUUGCAUGCGGAUCAGGGGAAGUCCGCAUCAUGAGGUUAAGACUGCAGUGCAGCGGGUAACUCCCACGCCCACUUCUACGCCAACGCCUAGCUCAGCGAAUUAUGUUAGUGAAAUUACUCCAGUGCCUUCGCCCUCGUCCGCUGAUUUGGAGGCCAUGUAUGCCAGGGUGCAGAAGACUCCAAAAAACUCACCACAGAUUAGGGGGAAACCCAGUCAAAUGAUAGUGGCUCCCCAAGAAACAAAACAUCAGAUCGUUCAAAAAAUUCCUCCGCAAAGACCUAAUCUGGAAUUGGGGUCUGAGGUUCAUCAAAAUAUUCACAGCCAGCCCGUUGCAUUGGGUCACUUUCUUCAUGAAUCCUUGAAGAACGGCAGCUUCUUUCAGUUUAUGCCGCUGCCUGAGGAGCCAAGUGGCACGGAAUCUUCUUGUUCAGCCAGUCAAGCGACCGAAUCUUCGGUAAUCCGCCAAUCAGCCUUAAAGACAACUCCUCCUGUGCUCCACCAGUCUUUGAACAACAUCAGCGAAAAGCACUCGCCUCCCAAAAACUACCGUAAUCUGUCCAGAUCUCAGCUCUCUCUGCAGCGCAGUGAGAUCUUCCUCGACAACUUGUGCCGCAGUGAACUGGUGCUGGAUCGUCUCGAGAAGGUCCCCAAUAAGGCAUAUUCAAAUGUCGAUUCAGUGUCGUAUGACCUACCAAAUGAAGGUGCGGAUGAGCUGUACGCAGAUUACAGCAUGGGAGAGGCUGGGAGUGGCGGAAGUUCCAUUGGCGCCAAUGAGUACGGUUCCGGGAAGAUAGAGCCCCAGCCGGAGAACCAGAGCACCCCAAAGAAAAAAGUGCCGCCAAAUAGCCAGCGCUUCACAACUAAGCCUGCACCCAAUCUCAGCAUUGAUAUAAACGAUAGCCAAACCACGCCUCUGCGUCCUUUGGGCCAGAAUAUCAGCUUCAGCUGCCCCACAACUCCUCAGCAGGCGGAGCUACAGGUGGGUAACUCUUCGGGACUGCACAACAACAGCAGCAGCUUGGUGGAGCUGGGACAGGUGAGUCUGCCCAACAAUCCCAGCGACAGCCAGCUGAUGUCGGUCAGCGCCCUGGCCCGAUACCGCCUGCUGAAGGAUGCACUGCGUCGGUCAUAUCGCAAGGGUAAAGACUUUUUCAAGGCAGAGAAGCUGCGACUCACAAACACCUUGAACAUAUCGCGAGAUCAGUCGAAUCAAACGGAAGGCGAGCUGGACAACAGCAGCUAUUAUGCCAGUUUUAAUUUGGAUUCUCUGCUAAAUGAAUCUCUGACCACCAAGGAGCAACUGGCUCAAGCUGUCAGCAUUUGCCGCCAGAUGCCAGAGCUGGAGAUUUCCGCUGAGAUGGUGGAGGCAGAGCGGUUACUGCUCUUCUCCAGCCUACGGAAGUCGAAGCCUUCUACUGGAGUCAGGAAUGAGGAAGCUCUGGCGGCGCGGAGGCAAGCACAGUGCCUACUUAUCGAUGCCAUGAAGCUGCAAGUGCGUGCGGACGUUAGUCAGGAUAUGUUUUUCAACUACCAUUACAUCUGCACCUUUGAGUGCGGAGGACGUAUUCGUUCCACUCAGUCGGUAGAGUGCCAGAAUGGUGUGGCCCUGUUCCGCGAUUGUGGUCUGGAGUUCUAUAGUGCAGAUAAAGCAGAGUCCCUGGAGCUGCAUUGCCAGAUCUUUAUGUUGAGACUGCGCAAAGUGUCCACUCUAUCUUUAGAGCCCUCCAAAUCCCUGCGACGAGGAAGCGGAAAUUUAGGUUCCUCCAACUCAAGUUCCUCUUCUGGUUCUGGCUCUGAGCUCAUCGUCUCCCGCUUUCGGCUGCACGCCUCUUUUACCGUGAGGGCCAUGGACCUGUCACCCUUCGAAGUGGUGGACAGUGAAACUAAAGCCAGUGAUACCAUUUGCUUGCGCAGUUCCCGAUCCUGGCAGCUACCCAUCAAAGCUCACACAAAAUCAACAAAUCUGGGACCGGGAAUAGCUAUUACCGGCCGGGUUGAUCUUAGACUGCCCAAGGUUCGCUUCUCCGGUUUCCUAAACGUCCAGGAUCCCAAGAACCAGCAUCAUUGGAAUCGCAGAUGGUGUAGUCUGGAUGGCUUGGAGCUGUCUGUCUGGCAACAUGAGCACAAUCUUGAGAAUGAAAUACCGAUUUUUUCGCUAGAGCUGCCAGGACGUGGACAGUCUUGCGUAGCAGCGGCUCCACGAGAUCUUUGUGCCAGAGUCAGGAGUUUUCUUCUGCAGGGAAAGGAGUCGGAUUAUGAAUCGGGUGUAUUUUUCGCUGCCGACACACAGACUGAACUUUUGGAGUGGCUGCGCCAUCUUAACGAGGCUCUAGAGUUCGCCAGGCACUGGCUGAAUGCCCCUUAACAACGAUGGCAUUCCGUAGACAUAUUUUUUUAUUUUAUAUGUUUUACCUUUCUAUUUAUAUUUCGUUAUUUUUAUACAUUUCCGGGAAUUGUAAAUCAGAGUGUUUGCCAUGCAAACUUGCCACUCGAAUCUAGCUAAGAAUUUAUAUAGAUUGUAAGAGUUAACAUUCCUAUGGACCUCUUGGGGAUAUAGUCAUUGGAUCUAAAUCAUUAUCUGGCCCCGCAGAUGAAGUUACAACAACAACAGUUUAUUACAUACAUAAUUUACA